AGAUGCUGAAGUGGACGGUCUCGAGAUCGUUGUCAGCGAGCAGCUCGACGCCUCACGGUCCAUCUAAUUUGAACAAGGCGCCCCGUAGGCCUUUUCGAGACUUGUCCAACACGCCUCCCGCUGCUGGAACGAAAACCAGAAACAUACCUGCCCAGACUGCCGAAAACGUUCCAGCGAGAACGACGCCAGCUCGUCGGAGGAGAUGCAGAAGCCACGGCAGCGAUUUGAGAACGUAUUUUCAGGCGACGAAGCCUAAUUUGCGCGGGAACAAGCGCCAGUCGAUGUCACAGCAGCCGGAUAAGUCAUCGGUCACAGAGAGCUUUUAUCAGAGCACCCCGCGAGUCGACGCCGACAUCGGUCCGCUAACGUUCUUCCCAGGCGGUAGCAAAUGUUCCACGGCUCUGACUCUGCCCACGGAUCCCGCGUUGUUCAUGAAAACCAGGACGAAGAGCUUCCAGAGCGACAACGAGCUGCCGCAGAACAUCGUGAACGAGGCCAGGGCGAACCUCCAGUCCCACGUGUCGGAUUUCUUCCAGCAGAUCUCCAUGGCCACCAGCCCCGAAGACGUCAUGGAGUCCGAGUCCGUUCCCCUCGCGAAGAACGGACAUUACGCCACGAACGGCGAAUCGAAGGCGAAGUUCGCCGAUUGCGCUAAGUUGACGUACCUGCCGAAACUGGCGAGGAUCACGAAGAUCCACGCUCGAUGCAAAACUCCGUAUCACACCAAGAACGGCUCGUCGACUCCUUUUAAGACGAAGAGCCACGGUCAGACCCCGUUGGCUGGGAAACUCUCGACCUUGGCCAUCGAUCAGGAUCUCCCCAAAUUCGAAAAUAUGGACAACACCGUCACGGAAGUCCUCAAUAGGGAGCAAGAGAUGAAUUUCAGCGGCAAGACUGUGGCGGAAAUUCUCUUGGGAGACGUGGAAGAGAGGAAGAAAGUCCUCGAGGGAGCUCGCGACGAGCAGAAUCUGACGAAAUCCGACCACACGUACGAGACGAUCGUUGAACAAGAAGAGGAAACGGCGGCUCACAACGACAGCUCCGUCUCUUCAGCCAGUCAGCUUCUGGAGGAUCCUUCGCCGAUGUCCUGGGCGUUCUCUUCCCCUCCUAACGACCUGGACGGGGAGUUCACGCUGAAGAGACAGCGCGGUAUACGGCGGAAGCGACACAGGAAGGACAACGAGAAGAUUUACGAAGGAAAACGGGCGAAGAGACGAUCGUUGAGUCACAGUCCGUCCACCAGCGGAAAAAUGCAGAAGUCGCAGGAUACUUUGAUGGAAGCAGUGAAUCCUAAUGUAAAGAAACUCGCGUUGGAGACCGAUCUGGACUCCACUUUGGACGAGAAGUGCGUGUUCGCGCCGAAGGCGUUGCUCUGCGACGUGGACGAACCUCCCAAAGACGAGGAUGUCGGAAGGAAAGUCGGCUCCUGGGACCUGGACAGCCCAAAGUCGACGGUCACGGACGACUUUCAGAGCUCGAAAUCGUUCUUGAACUCAAUGUCGAACACCCCCGAGGCACCGUUGGUCGCGACCGUGAGGAGGUGCCUGAAGUACAGCCCUGAGAGCGAGCAACCCAGACCCAAUAGCCAUGGAUCCAUCGAGAUCGAAUACUCCGUCGUCGGCGAUCAAAUACACGUUCGAGUGAUACGGUGCAAGGACCUGAGGAGGGUAUACGAGGGUUCCAUUCACGCUUACGUGAAGGUGAGCCUGAAAAACACGAACGGCGAGGGGGUGGUGAAGAGGACAGCGGUGCACCGGGCCACACCGAAUCCCGUUUUCCACGAGACCUUGAUACUGCCCUGUCCGGUGAACAACUGCACCAGCAAGCCCACGUCCCUGGACAUCGCAGUCUGGCACAGGGAUCGCCGUGCAAGACGUAGCGAACUGUUGGGCUGCAUGACUCUGCCUCUACCCCUGUCCCAAGACAAGGAAGCGACAUGGCAUCCACUAGAAGCAGGAACCGGUCGAAACACGAGCACACUCUACGCGGGUUUACCUCAAGACUGCGGUGUCUCGCCGCCCUUAUCCAAGGACGGGGAACCAGAUAAUAAUAAUUCUGGAGCGGAGAACCUGACGUAUUUGAGGCAUCUGGAAUUAGAGCCGGUGGAUCCGUUGACUGGUUUGCCAUUGCAUCCGGGUUUCACUGCCAGGGGCGGUAGAACACCUUGCACCGUCACGAGGAGGCUGAUAAGACAGUCUACUGCUAAUCAGGUCCCAUGGGGCUUUUCAUUGUCCUGGGGAAGACCGCCCCGAGUGGAACGCGUGGACCCUGGCAGCCCAGCGGAACGCUCAGGUCUGAGGCCAGGUGAUCACGUGGUGUUCGUCGAGAUGACGAACGUGGUGACGAGGCCACGGGAGGAGAUUCUUGGAUUGAUCCAGGCGGCCACGAAUCAGCUGAUACUGGAGGUUUACCGGAAAGGAGGGCAGGUUCACGCGUCGAUGCCACGGCCUAGCUCGAUGAACGUCAGCCUGCAGCAACCACAGCAGCAUGCGGUUGCGUUCAGCGCCGAGGUUUUCCCGAACCUGGCACCGGAUGCGCCGCCGGAGGAGGAGCUUACCGUUCGAGAGUCGCGGUACUGGGGCGUCCUGAAGAGCGGGCACACGCGAUUCAUGACGCCGUUGCUCGAGAGACGCGACGUGUUGUCCGCCGCGGAUUACCUGAUACUAUUCCAAAAUCUCGACGAGUUGCUCAAGAUCUCGGAGGAGAUCCGCGACGAGGGCGGAGGGGUUGACAGUUACUUUUGCCGCGUUCCCCGCAUUACCGCCGCCUACAGAAGAUACCUAAGCGGCCUGCAACGAGCCUGUUGCCUCCUGGUUGCUCUCAGACGGAACACGGCCUUCGCGAAGCUCGUCUGCGAGCCCGCCGUUCCGCAGAAGAGACGUCCCGAUCUCACGGGCCUUUUGCUCCUGCCUCUAGAACACUACAGAGAGAUGACGAGACUGUUGGGCCUUGCGUCGCCGAGGAAUUGCCAGCAAGCCAGAGACCUGGCCCAGGGAUACAGGGAAGCCACGGCCAACGCUGGCGUGAUGGAACCGCCGCGCGAUACUGGAAGGCCUUUGCUUAGCUUGCAGGAGGUCGAGUCCCGGCUAGUUUUCGCGAGAUGCAAGCCAUUCACUCUGGCCAUGCCCGGAAGACAAUGGCUGUUCGGGGGUGCGCUCGCGAAAGUGGAGGGUCGGGCGCGGUUGCAGCCCUCGUGGGCGUUGCUCCUCACCGAUCUCCUGGUGUUCGCACGAGUCUCCAGAGAUCGCGUUCUGUUCGUCACCGAAGAGCCGCUGCGGCUGUCGAACAUCGCCGAGGCUUGCUUCACCGUUCGUAAAAGGCCCACGGAGUUUCGGCUGCAGAUCGCCAUCAAUCCCAGCGGGAACGCCGAGAACGGUCACAUCGAGGUGACAAACAGCGGUGGUUGCAGCCCUCACAGUCGGCCGCGAAGACGGGUGAUGGUAUUACGCGCCCCCACUCCGGAAUUAAAGGCCGUUUGGCACAAUCUUCUUCAACGACAGAUAAUCUAUGUGAAUACAGGCUAUGGGGGCACGCCGACCCAAGACAGUCCUGAAGAGAGUCCGAUCGCUGGUAGCAAUUUCAUCGCUGUUAGGGAACCCACGGAAAGUUCGCAGACCACUAGGGAGUCGCAGAAACCAGACGAAGAGAAAGAGUCCCAUUCGGCCGAGAGUAUCGACACAAUCAUCAAGAAUUCGAGGGAAGACAAUCAUCUCGCCCAGUGGGUGCGCAACUCCCGUCACAUUCCACCUCCGGAUCACGAGGAGGCGCCGAUCGAGGAAUGGACGCCCGAGGAGCUGGCGGCCAGAGCUCCCAAGGAGACCAUCAACGAAACGGAUAGGGAGCAGAGUAUUCAAACGGAGGAAGUCAUCGCCGAGGUGGUGACCUCCGAUGUCGAGCAGCAGAGCACAGCUUCCAGCGCGAGUCUCAGCACGGUCAAGUCCAAUAGCGUGACGAACAGGAAGAACGGGAGCCUUGGGUCCUCGAAGGAGAAUUCGACGAGCUCGAUUAACAUUUGCAGACGAUGUCACAGAUCGGGUUGUCCCACACCGCCUUUAAUAAGGGAUCCGUUUUCCCCACUGCCUCCGAAAAUCUCGGUUAUGCCACCGACACCGGAUCUGUGCACCAGACACAGACUGAGGAAUGGUCUUCACGACAGUCCCGGACGCAACAGUCCCAGUUACACUCCCGCCGAUGGAAACACGGAGGAUGGCAGCGAGGACGACCUCGACUGCGAUGGUGAACCGCCUUACAGAGCCUUGAGAAGAUUCGGCACGAUGAGCAGCCUGGAUCAGGACGACGAGCUCGAGGAGCAGGGAGACGACGACAAUCGAGACACCGAGUCUCCGCCAACAGGGUUAAGAGCCUGGACAGCCAGGGCGAGCAGCUACGUGGUUAGCAAAAUGGUUCUGCUCGAGCAACUAGGCGAGGGUGUCGGUGGUUACCUUCUUCAGCCUCCAGUUCCCCCAGAAAGGACCGAAUACUCUUUGGAUCCAAACGACGACGAGGGCACCACGUCUGGGGCUACCUCUGGAGACGAUAUCUGGGGAACACCGACUUCCGGUGGUCCAGACGACGAAAGCUUUCCCGCUAGCUCGCCGCCGCCGAACGGUGUGAGCAACGCGGCCGCCUCUGGAGAGGACAACUACGGUUUGAACUUGUCGGCGGAGGACGACGCCGACCAGGAGUCCGAGAACGAAGACUGCAACCUGCCCGAGCUGAACAUGGAUCAGCUUCUCGGCAGCGGGAGUUUGAGCUCGUUGAGGUGUUUUCUGGGCAGACGAAGAUUGGAGCCCCUCCCAGAGGAGGAGGACUCGCCUGGUAGCGGAAAGGAUCAAGUGGGAUGGUGGUGACAGAGGUUUCACACGGCGACGUCAAAGAACGUCGGCUCGAGUUCCGAUGCGUACGAACGAGAUCGCAUCUUCGCCAAGCUGAGCCAGGAGGACGAGGAGUUCCGCAGGAAGAUAGUAAAUCUCCAUAGAAAGCUGUCGGACGUGGACAACAGUUACCCGACCAUGGAGACAGAGUCCUCGGACACCUUGAGGAUCACCAUGGAAGCUGAACGGUUGAGGGAACUCGAAUCGGUGGCAAGGAGAGCCGAGGAGACCAGCAGUAGGAACGCCGAGAGACUCGGAGCGGAAAGGGAUGCUUACUCCGCCGCCGAGGCUGCGGACGCGAAGAAUCGCCGGUUCAAAAAAGGAGACGGCCAACACGGUCGAAGAAGACAAAUGGAGCUGUUCCAACGAAAGACGAAGAAGCUGGAGGAGGACACGGACAACGACGGCAGUCCCACCAGGACCACCGAGAAGAAUUUCUUGAAUCGUUUGAGAAUAAAGAGACGCAGCAUGAAGCUGUUGAGCUUCUUGAGCGGGAGGGCUUCCGACAGGUCGCAGGAGGAACGCGCCACGAGACUUUUGAGAAUGUACAUGCCCGAGAAGGGAUCCAAAGCACAAAAUACUAUUUCUAUUCAUCAUACGUCCAGGGACAGGCGAUUUUGGAAACUUCGGAGCCGGAGGCGAACCAACUCCUCGUAAACAGGGGAGAGGUUACACGAUUAUGGAGAGGAACGGAUGGUGGAACGGCCGUGUCUUUGUUAUUAGGAUCUUCCAGUAUUCGAGUUAUUCAAGUUUUUUGAAUUCUAUUUAAGCAUGUAACAGGUUGAACUUGUUUUCAUAGGAUCUAGCGUAACCGUACGGAAUUAGGUUUACGAUUACACGUAGUGGAACUCUAUCUCUUCGUCCUGUAAACGAUUUCAAAGUAAAUCAGUACUCUCUCACCGAGAACGGUUAGCCGAUUAAAAAUAAAAAAAAAAAAGUUCCAGAAUGUAAAAGUUGCGUCCUGUAUCGUAGCGCGCUUUGUCAGAUUUUUAAAGGAACGGUCCCUUUCGGAAAGGAUUCGAAACGGCCUAGUGGAUUGUCUUCGUGACGUACGUUCGAGGUGUUUCGUUUAUCGCGUAAGACUGCUCGUUAACGAUUCUAGUCUCGCUCAUUAAAAUUUAGAUACGAUUUAUUAUUUAAUUUUUGAAACACCGUAUUUACGUAGGCCCGCACGACUGACCCAAAGCGGCACUCAUCUUCCACCGAUAGAUCUUGCUCGAAUAUACAAAA